UUAGCAGAUCUGUAAUAGUUAAAGUAGGUAUACUCGUAUAAAAAUUAGCUCUUAAAAACAUCGAUGAAUUCAUAUACAUAUAUAGAUCAUUUGGUUGUUAAUGUAAUCUUUACCAUGAAAGUAAUAUUUGUGUUAAACUAACGAUAUUGUGACACGUAAAAUAGCAGGAUUUCGUUGCAAAUACCUGCAUACUGCAAACUUAUGUAAUUUUUUCAACAGUAAAGUUACUCAAAGAUUUGCGGACAACCAGGCGUAUUAGUAAUCAGCAAUAUUGUAAUAUAUACAUACAGAGAUAUGUAGUACACGCAGUAUGUUAUGAUUAACAUAUGAUUAUUAGUAUGAUGAUGAAUGAAGGAUUAAGUUUUCAUGACAAAUUCCAAUCCACAUUCAAAAAUUAACAGCGACCUAUUUGUCUAUAAAUAUAUAUCUGUAUAAGCAUGUACAUACAUCGUCAUUCCGAAAGGUAUCUUCAAAUUUUACAGAAAAUCGACAUCGUUUCACUCGCCUUACAUAAAUAUACUAAAUUUCUAGCUCCAUAUGGAUUUAUGUUUGAGUGUACCUGCGUUGGCAUAUUUAAAUAAAACGCCGCCCGAUAUUGCAGAAUUUUGUCAUACGUUUUUGUCUUUUAGUAGUGCAUUAUUUAUAUUUUAGUAUACACAAUAAAAUUGAAAUGGGGACUUUCACCGCGACCUAAGGUCUUCAUUUAUAAACCACAGCAGAACUUUCCUGCACUACACUUUCAAAAAAAAGGGAUUAAUAAUUUAAGAAAAAGUAAAUAAAUAUAUUUUCAAAUACAUGGACUACGUCCGUCGAAUGUGGAAAUGAUUAACAUAAAAGUAUACUCUAGAUCCCAUUAAUACAUGCACACAUGGUCAAAUCUGAGUGUUUUUCUAUAAAUAAGCUUGAAAUAAUGUCGACGGUUACAAUUUGAUAAAAAAAAAACAAGUUGAAACGUUAAUUUGGCUGCACCGAAGCUAUAAUACCUUUCAGAGGUUCAUGCUUUCUUACAGGAACUCGAUUUUGAUCGUUCAGUUUGUAUGGCAGCUAUAUUCUAUAGUAUUCCGAUUAAGGCGGUUCCAAUAAAUUAGCAGCUUCUUGGGAAGAAAAUAUUGUGUGCAAAAUUUCAGAUCGAUAUCUCAAAAACUGAGGGACUAGUUCGCAUGUAUACACUCAGACAGACGGACAUGACUAAACUGACUCAGCUCGUCACGCUGAUCUCCGAGGUUUUCUUCUAGGUGUUACAAACUUCGUGCAAAAUUUAAUAAUACGUUCAAGGUAUAUUUAAAUCAAUAAAAAUGAAUAAAUAAAUCAAUUCAAUGAAAUAUCCAACGUAUCUUUGUUUAUAUGGAUAUUUGUGGUCACAAAGGUUAAUAGCAAUUUUUAUUCAAGCUUCAAAAGGAAUAUACAAGCUGAGUAAAAUAUUUCUGGCAAGUAAGCUUAGUUAUGGUUAAAAUUUCCCAAUUUUCAAUCUGUUGUAUUGUCCACGGAAUUUGAUUCAAAUUGUUAAAGCAAUGGGUUGGUCCACGGAAUUUGGUUCAAAUUGUUAAAGCAAUGGGUGAGAUAUGAGAAGUGGAUGAUGCUACAGUUGAACUGAUCAGCAGUAUUGUUUACAUCCAGUACUGAUAUUAUUGGGCAAUAGUCGCAAGAUUCCUGUGCACCAGAGUGCUCUUAUAAAUAUUGGGAUAAGUUUUAUGAUGACAUGGUUCUUACAAUGUUUGAUUUCAAAAGGGUGUGAACAUUCUUUAUUAAUCUGCCUUAUCUUUCAUUUGCUACCUUGAUUGCAGAAUUCUAAAAAUAAAUUACAACAUACGAAAUGGAAGGAAAAAUUGUGAGUCUGUAGCUUGUACGCAUUCUUUGCGUCGCACGCAUAAGCCUUAUGUCCGAUUUAAUUACUAAUAUUAAUUUUUAUGUCAAUGUACUUUAGAAAAUUUCGGUAUUAUGCAUUGCAUAUUUACAUGAUAAUUACAUUGUAGGUAGGUGGGUAGAGUGGCUGUCUAACAACGCACCUAGGCCUAUAGGAGGCCCAUUGUGAUAAUUACAUUGUUUACAUAUGUAUAAAUAUACCUUGGUGAAUUCAAGUUAAUUCAUUAUUUGAAAUUUGUGCAUCCCUCCAAAAAAAUUAUUUAUGUGAAAAUGGUGUUUUAAUUGGUAAAUAAUUUCCUUCAAGGAGACGAUGCAGACUUUUUUAUCGUAUUGAAUUAAAAACAUGUGGAUAGCUGUUACCUUUAAUGUAGUCUCAUAUCCUUUGUUUGAAGUAUAUGACAAGAUCUUGUUACUACUUCAGAAAUCAGUACUAAUGCAAAUUUGUUUAUGUCGCGCUUUCUGUUGAAAUAUCAAACAGUUUUCAAAGUUGAAGAGCAAUACUUAGCCAAUAUGUCUACCAGCUUAUCUACAACCGUGGCUCCCACAAAAACUACACGCAAAGUAACCAAAAAGUCAACACUCAAGUCCGCUAAGAGCCAGAAUAUUGAGACGAUUAGCGUUGAUUUUAAUAACAGUAUUCUCGAUGGCCUCGAGAGCAGUUAUCCGCCUAAAGUAACCAAGAAAAAACUAUCCGGUGCCGUUACAAUAAGCUCUAUGUCUAGUUCAACGACCACAGAAACCAAAACUUCCGCAAGCAUAAAAGAGCCGACCGAGGUCCUGCAAAAUGAGAACGUUGCAGCCGUCGAAAGCAAACAAGAGCUAGCAACAGACAAUGGCAAAAAGAAAGCAAGAAGUAAGAAAAGUAGAAAAGGUGAAACGGAUCAUGAGAAUAUAUCGGUGAAAUCCAGCUUUAGCAAAUUCGAUGCCCUGCAGAAGCGCAACUUAAUACAUGUACGUUCAAGUGACGCUGGUAAAGCACAAAAAAAAUUCAAUAAUCCACAAUGUGAUAAGGAAAUCAAUUGUCGCCUGUGCGUUAAACCUGUAUACAAAAUGGAGGAAAUCAAGGCCGAAAAGAGCAUUUAUCAUAAGAAUUGCUUCCGCUGCUGUGAAUGUAAUAAACAAUUGAAGGUCGACAAUUAUCAAAGUCAUGAGGGAGUCUUCUACUGUAUGGUGCAUUUCAAACUAUUAUUUUCCCCGAAAUGUGUUGAAAAUUCUGAGACCGAGUUUCCACGUAAACCGGAAUUAAUCGUUAGAGAAAAUCAACCAGUUGAGUUACCUCCAGAUGUUGUAAGAGCUUCAGACAAACCCGAUCUAGGUUUGGAAGAAUUACAACAACUCAAUGUACGUUCAAAAUUUCAAGUUUUUGAAAAUGCAGCACAAACCCACCAGGAACAAGAAAAGUAUCCAGAGGAGCGAAACCCUGUUAAGCACAGCAAUUCGAUAUUAUCGAAAAUAGCGAAAUUGAAAUCGCAAGGAAUUAGUUCAGAUCUAAGUUUAAAAGCGAUUGGCGAUAGACAGCUAGACAAUGGGAGUGAUUACUCCUCGAAGAGCAACAGUGAUAUAAGCGAUAUAGAAAUUGAAGAAAAUAGUAAUGAAGAUGAUGAUGCGGACUUAGUUAGCUCAAAGAAACGAACACAACGUGAACGACCAGUCGGACUUGGUCAUGCCAUGCACGAUAUAAAAACGAGGUUUGAGAAGGGACACAUGAUGUCUAAAGAGGAGCGGCGGGAAGAACGUAAACAGGAAAUUCAAAACAUACGUUCACGACUCUUCAUGGGAAAACAAGCUCGCAUCAAAGAGAUGUACCAACAAGCUGUCGCUGAAUCAGAGCAAGGAAUUACGGCAUCAGACAAAAAACUCGACAUAAAGCAUGAUGGAGGCGCCCGUUCACUUAAGGAACGAUUCGAAAAAGGAGAAGUAUUUAAAAACUCCAAUGAUAAUAGCGAAGAUAAUUCGACAAAUCACAAGGCUUUACAGAAUGAAGAUGUUUUUGAAUCAGCGAUUAGUAAAAACUCACGGAGCAUUUUUAUGGAAUUGGAUGCUAAUGUGGUUGCUAACAGAAAACAAUUGAAUUCACCAAAAUCGCCAAAUCCACAAGUAAAUAAACAACACAUAUAUAACACAAGAGGACAGAAUAGCGAAAAUGAAAACGAGGACAUCGUUAAGUAUGAUGAGAAACCAGAGGAUAUAAAAAUCAAGACCUCAGAAAUAAGUUCGAAAUUUAAAUUUUUUGAAACGUAUCGUCCAACCGAGCAAAAAAGGAAAGAAUUUCGUAUAACUCCGCCAAGGGAGGGAGUUGUGAAGAUGCCAACGCCUGAAUCGGAAAUUGAAGACUCAAACGAAACUGAUAAGAUAGAGGAAGAAACUCACGUACUCGAAAAAUCUCACACUACUGCACUGAUGUUGAACAAGUUUCGUGAAAUGGAACAAAGUAGUAGUGACCAGAAUGCUGGUCCACGACCCCUGAAAUGUUUUACACCCCCUUUAGAUGAUGGUAACCAUGUGUAUGAUUAUGAAAACAGCACCGACGUAGAAUCACAGGAUGAAAACGAAGAUUUUGAAGAAGAGGAUGACGAGGAAGAUUACGACUCAUCAAAUAGGAAUUCCAAGUGUACUCUGGAUGACGAGGCUCUUAAGGAGGCAAAAGCAGCGGCACGUGCUAAGCAACUACGAGCGAAAUUCGAGAAGUGGGAGGCCAAUGAGAAAGAGCGGGAAAUGUAUGAAAGUCGUAUUGAUAUCUACUCUAACGAAGUAUCCGAUAAUUCAAAUAUCGAAAGCACAAAAAUCAUACGGGAGCGAUUUGAAAAUAUGAGGAACUUAACACAGACCACUCAACAAGCAAGACCACGGUAUCAAGUUAAUCGUUUCGUGUAAAACCUACCAAAUCAAUAAUCAGUCGAUUGGAACCUGCUAUAUUUACUAGCUGUUAAUGAAUAUUUCCACUAUAUGCUGUCAAAAGUGAAAUAAAUAUAUAAGUUAUUAUAAAAAUAA